ACCAAUCUUGAAGCGUUCUGCCUCUAUCGAUUCCUGGUGCUCUAUUGGGUUUUCUUGGGAAAGGGCGGGGCAAAAACCCCGAGUUGUGUCAGAGCGGCCGGAACAUUGAGAGGAAGGGGCUGAGAAAGGGUAGACAGCAAUACGGACAACCCGGGCACGAACAGCCGGGAUUCAAUGAACAGCUCGCCCCUGACUGUUUCCUCUUGGAGUGGACGUGGCAUAUUUAUGGCGAUUCGGCGCAUAAGAACAGAAUACUGCCAGGCUCAGCACGGCUUUGGCGCGGACAAGUGAGCUGAAAAGUCUGCCUCUUUGAGCCCACCCUCCAAUCAUCAGCCUUUUGCCAGCUGCAGUAAAGCAUAUGGGAGUUACUAUUUAUUUUCAUACCUUGAGACCAUCUUGCUUUUGCAAAUUAAUUUUUCCUUUUGUGAAGGGAAGACUUUUACAAAGUGGGGACUAAGUGCGGAGGCCAUCUCUGCAGUUAUUUUUUCUUUUCCAAAUGAGUGCCUCCUUGCCAUAAAGACCAUUGGUCCAUUUUUUUUUUUUUAAUUUCUUUUUCAUUUCCCUUCCAUAAGUUAUGUAAGAAAAUUCCAUUGGAUGCUGUACUGCAUCCCUCACAAAGUGCUUGAUUGCAUUAAAACCAUCGCUGGGACUUUUGCAAUAAGUCUUUUUUUUUUUUUUCUUCCUGCAAAAAAAUUUUUUUUUUUCUUUAUAGAAAUUUUUAAUAUUUUUUGCUGUGAAUUUUUCAGGAUUUUUUCCCAAGAAAUAUCCUUAUUUUUUUAAUCUGAUCAAAAUGAACCGUCCAGCUCCAGUAGAAAUCUCUCAUGAGUGCAUGCGUUUUCUUAUUACCCAUAAUCCAACCAAUGCCACACUCAACAAGUUCACAGAGGAGCUAAAGAAAUAUGGAGUUACCACCCUUGUGAGAGUAUGCGAUGCAACAUAUGAUAAAGCACCGGUAGAAAAGGAAGGGAUACAGGUUUUAGAUUGGCCCUUUGAUGAUGGAGCCCCACCUCCAACACAGAUAGUUGAUGAUUGGCUAAACCUCUUGAAAACCAAAUUCCGUGAGGAGGCUGGAUGCUGCAUUGCUGUUCACUGUGUGGCUGGACUUGGGAGAGCUCCUGUGCUGGUUGCUCUGGCACUGAUUGAAUGUGGCAUGAAGUAUGAAGAUGCGGUUCAGUUUAUCAGGCAAAAACGAAGAGGAGCAUUUAAUUCCAAGCAAUUGCUUUACCUGGAAAAGUACCGGCCUAAGAUGCGCCUUCGGUUCAAGGAUCCCAAUAAUCACUGCUGUAUGCAGUAACGCAGUGUGGAAACCACUGGCUUUAAUCAGAUCAUUGUUAAAAUGAUUGUGAUCAUUGUGAAAAUGUUAAGGUGGAAAUCUUGAUUCAGAAAACAAGAUUGUUUUUUCUUGCCUCCGUCCUAUUGGAAAAGGAAACCUGCAAAAAAAAAAAAAAUGCAACAGAAAGCCAAAAUAGUGGAAUUAAAACACAUUUCAUAGAAUUACUUUUAUUUUUUUGUUUGUUUCACUUCCCCCUCACUUUUUUUCUUUCUUUUCUCUCUGUGUAACGUAAGAAAACUUAAAGUAAAAGUAAAGAUGUGUGCAGGGCUAAAUAACAGAGCCCAGGUAUGAAUCCUAGCACUUCCAGCUUGCCAAAUAUGUGAAGCAAUACAGGCAGGGGCAUAGUAAGCAAACACACUGACCUACAGGUUAAGUGAAUGUUUAUCUAGAGGAUGCACAGUAGACUUUGUGUUCUGUACUCCUCUGCAGGACCCUAGUAAUAGGCUAUAUGAAUGAGGGUGAAUACGUUAGUGAACCAAAAGUGUGAGAUAAAGCAACUAGCCCACAUCCUCCCUGUGGUUCAUGAACAGUAUAUAUAAGAUUUGCUAAAAGGAAAUGAUUACAGAUUUUUAUAAUUCUUCCCCUAAAUCUACGCUACAUAAACUGAAUUCUACAGUAAAAGACUAGUUGCAAAGGAAAAUUCUGCAUUUCUCAGGACCAUUAAUGCCUAUUUUCUGCCACAGUGCAGCAUCUAUUUCUAGUCUGAAAUAGAACGAUUGCUGUUCAGCCUUAAGCCAAAUCUGUCAUUCAGUGGCCACCAAAUGAUCCAGUUUUGGAUAUAAAUGAAAUAGAAUUUGUAACUUCUAAUAGAAUCUGUCAAUGAUCCCUUUUUUGGUCUUGGUAACAGCAAUGCCAUACGUGUGCAUGAAAAUAGACAGAACUACAGUUUGUUUAGAUCUGUUCCUCCUGGAAAAUUAACUGUUUUGACAAAAUACUGUGUCCUUUAAACAUAUCUAAGCAUGGACCAUCUGUAUGGAGGCAGGGAAACAAAACUUUCAGCUGCCAGAAGGAGAUAAAUUCUUGCUUUUGCAUAAUCAGAGCUACUGUGUGCAUAUCCUCUGGCCAACUGGAGGAAGAUGUAAGACAUGUAUUUGUUAGAGAACCCCUCCAUUGUAAUAGUGAAAUCUGUAUUUUAGGGAAAGAUACACUUGUUCAUGUCUAUUUAUUUUGUUGGGGCUCCUGUUUAUGUUUUAGCACAGGAUGGAAUACCUUAUCAGUUUCAGCUGAUUAGUUCCACUUCCCUUAGAAUUUCUUGACCUCCCUUAUUUUGCCGUUUACAAUCAGCCUUUAAAAUAUAUAACAUUUUACUUGCCUAUAGUUUGCCAGUAUGAAUUAAAAAGUAAACUGUAGUGUUCUACUAAACACCUGCAUCUAUCUGACAAGUGAAGUUUGUGCAGGCAAUACAAACAGCAUUGUUUUGAUAUCAGUAGGAAAUACAGACUAGCCAAACCUCAAGCAUUUAACCUUACUGUGACCAAUGGGAGCUUACAUCUAGGGCAGAGAAGCAACUUUCCAUAUUAAAUCUGCAAUGCCAAAAAAAAAACAAAAAACCAUGGUGUCCUCAUCCUUUGGCAUGUGGGUGCUAAACUCUGACUCUUUUUAUACAAGGUCUGAUUGCUGUUUCGGUUUUUAAAGAAGUUGUGGGAACUUGUGCCUAUAUGGUCUUUCCUCCCCUUUGCAGUAAAAUUGUGUUCAGGGGGAUGAAAGACUCUCACAGACUAUAACUUAUUAAUUUAAUUUUCAAGCAUUUAAAUAUAUAUAAUUUUGUUUUCUUGGAGAACAUGCUGAGCUGUGCAGAUACACACAGUCGUGUGCGUCAAUACAACAGAAAAAAAAAAUCUCAUGAAACGUAUUCAAUAAAAUAUUUUACAAAUACUA